AUGAGUGAGCCUGGGGGAUUCGGCCGGUCAAAAGUUUUGCACGUGAGUAAAAGUAUAUUCCGGAAGCCUCGCCGGUUCCCUGGUCUACCACCCCUCCCCAGCAACAGAGCUCCUGAUGGGUCCUCUAACGGCCUAGGAGCAGGAGGUGGAGGGAGAGGGACAGGGGGUUUAGAACCUGUUUCUGGAGCACCAUUUAGGACCUUACAACCAAGUUUUAGUGAUUCUUCAGUUUCCUUUAGCAGUGAUGCGUACAAUGACAGCUCUUACAACAGUUAUCCAAACUCGACAGCAUUAAUACCAGCAGGAUCGGGGAGCUCGGAUACAAGUGGCUUAGGUGAUUUUGUUGGGAGUUUCAUGAUUUUUAUAGAGUUUCUUAAAGAGAAGAAACAUAUCUUCAUUCAAUACUUUGUGAUUGGAUGUCUGAUAGGAAUCAUCUUAUCUCUUAUAUCAUGGGUGUUUCAUCUCAAGAGGAAAAAGGCAAAAUUAAAGAAGAAACUCAGAGGAUCAGAUGGUACAGAUGGGAGACAGAGAGCGAAUGGUGUCUUAGCCGCUGUGCAGGAGGAGAACAGGAUAGACAUCGAUGAGAUCUGGCGGAGUCCACCGCCUCCUUCGAUCCUCAACAGAGUGAGUCCGACGGAGGACGACAACGAUAACACAAUAUGGCGUUCUCACACGUUACCCGGGUCACGGCAACUCAACAGUUACUACCCAUAGCAAUGAUGGGACAAGGGUGGGGUCGGACAUGCAGCACUAGGGGGAAGAUGGGGGGGGGGGGCUCUGAGGCGACUCUGAGGUGAACUGUUUGGAGGGAAACCAAACCUUCCUUUCUACAAAUCUCACUUUUAUGGUAAUGAUUUUGGUUCAUUAAUAAAUGAAUAUUCAUCCUUUGAAUAUUACUCACCAAUUCUUUAAUCACAUCCCUAGGACAAAAAUAUCUAAGAUGAUAGAUAUAUUAUUGAGAGUUGGUUUACAGCUGGAUUAGUAAAUUUAACUCUUAAUUGGCAACCUGAAAGGUUGGAUUGUACCAGUUCCAAACUAUUGUGCUGCAUGUCCGCCCUCAUGCCUUGGUCUCUUGUUAAUGUGUCUUUGGCCCAACUUUAUAAAGCUGGUUUCAAUUGUACCAUUUUACAGAACCAUAGUCUACAUGUAUGUAGAUUGCAUUGUUUACUGCGCUUUAUUCAAGGAUGAAUUUAGCACCCUUUACCAAAAACGUGCUCAUAAUUGGACUUUUCUUGAUAUAUGCGAUGGGAUAAGUGUGAUUAUGUGUACAAAAUCUGCGUAGUUUAUGGUUUUAUACCAUGUUAUAGUUGAAACCACCGUUGUGAAUUUGGGCUGGCUAUAUGUCCAGAAAAUAGAUUUAUUUUGAUAUGCUAAAUUGUAUUUAAUAAGUACAUGUAGGUAUGUGUGAGAGUGUGUCUGAAGUAUGUAUGAAGCUGUGAGGUGUGGAAGUGUGCAUGGGAGUGGUGUGUGUGUGUGUGUGGGGAGGGGCAUUGAUUUUCAGGGCUGAGAUUCUAUUUUAUACCUCCAAAUGUUUUUGAUUGGAGAUUUUCUUUAUCUAUACCCUAGUAUCCGGAUUUUUUCACAAAGAAUGUUUAUUUCAGAGACUGCCUAACAAAAUCAACCAUAAGAAAGGGAAUAAUUUUGAAAAUUUGUUUCAUUAAUAUAUUUGUCAAUUCAAAUUCAUUUAACACUUUAGAAUGAAUUAUGAAAUCAAGAUCUUACAAUGAAAGUGGUGGCUCAGUGUGGGUGCUUGCCUAAUGGGAUGGUUAGGGUUCGUUUCAUGGCUGAGUCAUGCUAAACAAAUUUUAAUGAAACUUUCUACUAACUAGCUCGGCACUCAUUGGAGAAGGGUAAUGAUAACAUGUUUUGUUAUGCAUGGGUACACUGGUAGAGCAGUUUUAUAACUGAAGUGGUAAACCGGGGUAAAACACUAUUAUUUAAAGCAAUAAUGAAUGUGACAUGAUCACACACAAAAAUAACAGCUCAUUCAGAAAUGUCCCAUUAAAUUAGUAGUGAUGCUGUGAAGUAAAAGGGUUUUUUGGGUAGGGAUAGGUUUACAAAAGGUUCCUGAUUAUCAUAGCAAUGUGUGAAUGAAUGAAUGAGUGAAUGGGUUGAGAAUGUAGGUCUUUCAAAAAAUAAUUUAGGCUCUUUCUAAAGAAUUUCAUAGCUCUGUUUUUGUAGAUAUUCUCAAACUCUUUGCCCUAUUGAAAAUUAUUAUUUGUUGCAUUCAUGGAUAUUUCUAAAAUAAACUAGUAAUUGAUAGGUUCAGCGUUUUGCAAUCUCUACUUGAAAACACCAUCUCCAGCCCUGCAAUUUAAAUGUUAAUUCAAUUUAUCAGAAAUCUCUGGGGGCUCUGGACAUAUUGUCCAUUUAUCAUUCCAUAAUAUUAUUCUAAAUUCAAUUAUUUGUCAACAUGAUAUUUUGACAUAUCCGAAAUGGAAUAUAUUUUACUAUUCAAAGUCUAUCUCAUGACAUGGAGUUGCAGACUUGAAAUACAUACAAGAGUAAAUAAUUCUACAUUUUCUUUUCCCUCUCAAUAAGAGAAGUUUGUCAAUAUCUACAUGUAUGAGAACAGUACUAUGAAGUUUGGAUGAAGAUACUGAAGUUAUAAUAAAAAAGGACAAUGUAAACUUUUACCUUGUAUAUUUUAGCCUUUUAAGAUAUCCUAGUGCAAUUUUGAUAUAUUACGUUUGUUUUUACACACAGUGUUUUUGUUUUUUGUUAUGUUGUGUUGUCGAUGUGCAUGGCCAUAACGGGUAUAUAUUGCCAGAGACUUACUGCUCAUUUUUUAAAUCUGUUCUCAUUUUCUCUCCAUCUGUUUUACUCUUUUUCCUCCUCUCUCUUUCUUUCAUCUGAUUUGUCACAAGCGCUAAGCGGUAUAAGUGACUUAUGAAUGCCAAAGUUUUAUUUAUUAAUCUUUAGUUGUGUAAAUAUGAAUAUCUGUAGUUUGUUUCGUUUUUUCUUGUGACAUCAAGCUUACGAGCUUAUCUUUAUCAUCUAUGCAUACUUCAUUUCAGAUUGUAAUUGAUUCUUGUAAAAAUUUGUGUUAAUUUAAGACAGUAGUAAUGUUCAAAUAUAUUAUAAAAAAUGUGAUAUGAGUAUUGUGGCACUUCCCAAAUUAUGGAAAGAAAAAUUAUCAAUGAUUAUAUAUUUUGAUGAAUUCUUUACCAGAUCAAUAAGAAAUCAAUAUACUUUAAACUCAUCAUGAACAAAGAAAGUCAAACACACUUUUAAUUGUAGAUA